AAGCGUUGGGAGAGUCAAUAUGACGAUAGAAUUGUCCUUUUUGUCGAUAGUUUCCCUUGCACUAAUCCCACUUUCGUACACAAUGUCCAUGGAAUUUCCGGCCGUAAUUGAAGGACCUACAACAGCCCCUCUUGGAUGCCAUCGUCGGCUCUACACUUAUCGCGUCUCACAAGUUGAUAGCAAAGGUCGAAUGUGUUGGGAUCAUGUAAGCGUAAUGUCCUGUUGGGGUCGAUGCGAUUCGAGCGAAAUCUCCGAUUGGAAGUUCCCGUAUAAACGAUCCUACCAUCCAGUUUGUGUCCAUGCUGCUCGAUCCAAGGCAGUAGCCAUGCUUCGGAAUUGCGACGAAGAUGCUGAACCGGAAGCACGAAAAUAUGAGUAUAUGGAGGCUCUAAGUUGCAAUUGUCACACCUGCUCAACAACAGACACCAGUUGCGAGGCUCCCAAUGAAAUUCGUGAUGAAUUCUCAACACGGGUUCUGACUUUGGCCGGUCCUGAUCCGGACGAUUUGGAAUAUUAGUUUAGGGAUGCGGAACCUGU